UAUCAAUUGGGAUUGAACAAAUUAGGUUGUUCCCUGAAAGAGUUUAGAAGUUUCUCUACUUAAACGGUUUUACGUUUUAAAACGUGGAGCAAUUAAUUUCGUAAUUGUUGCAAUCAGAAAUUCACUGGCGUCGAGUUCUUUAAUAUACAAGGAUCGAUAAGUAAUCUUAUCGUCUGUGCGGAAAAAGAAGGGAAUCAGUAUUUCUCGUUACGACUGUAAGAUCGUGACUUGCGAUAUCGUUCCGAGAAGGUUGUUGGAUGAUUAAGAAAACAAUUUCUUUUAACGACACUUUUAAAAGAAGAAUUUUCAAGAAUCUAAUGAAUAGCAAUAUCGAGGAGAGCAAAGAUAAAAUUGAUGAACAUAAAUCAGAGAUAUCUUCUGCUAUUUUGAAGUAUACUGAAGUUAUCAGAAAUCAUAUGACACCAGAAAUUCGGUUACUUCUUUUAACUUCCAAUUGUGAGUUAUAUCAUACUCCAUUUGAACAAAUUUUGAGGUUAAAAGAGGUAGAGAGGAAAGUUUUCUUGGAACCUUUUUGGUCCAUUUAUUGGCCAGGUGGACAAGCACUUACUAGAUUUGUAUUGGACGAAGGACGAGAAUUUGUUUCGUCUUCAAGGAAGGUUUUGGAUCUCGGUUGUGGAUGUGGUGCCACUGCUAUCGCCGCAAAACUUGUUGGCGCUAGAAGGGUUAUUGCCAACGAUAUCGAUAAAAUUGCCUGCACUGCCGUUUCCAUGAACUCUGCACUGAAUUACGUAAACGUUGAAGUGUCUCAUCAAAACCUACUACACGAACUACCUGAGAAGUCAAACGAUGUGAUUUUCAUUGGAGAUAUGUUGUAUGACGAAGAAAUUGCUGGCACUUUAAUCCCAUGGCUCGAAAAAGCGCGCCAAAAUGGAACAACAAUUUAUUUGGGAGAUCCGGGAAGACACGGUUUGACGAAAGAUUUGAAAAAACGUCUUAAGAUUGUAAGAGAAUAUUCGUUGCCAGAAAAUGUUCGUAAAGAAAAUUACGGUUACGACAAAUGUAACGUUUGGGAGUUUUGCGGAUAAUAUAAAUGGUUACAAUGUGCAAAGUUUUGAUGAAACGCCUUGAUUUGAUG